UUCAUGCACCACUUCAUUCCAAACUAUACAUACAUAUACAUUCACACAAACUAUAUCUCUCUCCAACAUCUCUCUUUAAUAUAAUUAGUUUGCUGCUUUCUUGAAAUCGAUCUUCCCUUUGAAUUGAAGAAAGAUGGGUGUUGGGGGGAAAGAAAUGAAGACAGUGGAGAAGGUGCAGCAGGUGGGAGCCAUGGUGGUGGCCGCCACAUUCCUGGGAGGGAACAUAGUGCUGUCUAAGGUGGCGGCCAACGACGGCAUGCCGGUCAGCAUUAUGGUGGCUUACCGCUGGAUCUUCGCCACCGCCUUCCUCGGCCCUAUUGCCAUCGUUGUCGAAUGGAAUAAGAGGCCAAAGAUGACGUGGGGAGUCUUACUUCAAUCAUUUCUUUCUGCUCUGUUAGGGGGAUCUCUAUUCUCAAACAUGUUCUUCAAAGGUGUGGUGUUAACAUCUGCAACAUUUGCCACUGCAAUUUACAAUCUUAUCCCGGCAAUGACGUUUGUUGUUGCAGUUCUUCUCAGAAUGGAGAAUAUGAAGCUUCAUAAAGCAAGUGGGAAGGCAAAGGUGAUGGGAACAAUUGUAUGCAUAAGUGGAGCCAUGCUUCUAACGUUCUACAGAGGGCAGGAGGUCCAAAUAUGGAGUUCAAAAAUUGACUUAUUUCACCUCGCCCAUCCCCAUGCCCAAAGUGCACACGCUGAGGGCAGUUCCGGUAGUUUCGCAUUGGGUGCAACCCUCACUAUGAUCUCAUGCUUUUGCUAUGCAGUGUGGAUAGUACUACUGGCUAGGGUAAGCAAGAAUUAUCCAUGCCAUUAUUCAAGCACUGCAUUGAUGAGUUUCAAUGGAGCAAUUCAGUCUGUUGUGUUCGCUUUAUGCGUCACUAGAGACGAGGCUGAGUGGAAGCUUGGUUGGAAUAUAAGACUAUUCGUCGUUCUUUUUAUGGGAAUUUUAGGGUCGGGAGUUGUGGUGAUAUUGAUGACAUGGUGCGCAAACAAAAGCGGACCUUUGUUCGUCUCCAUCUUCAAUCCUUUAAUAUUGGUGAUCGUUGCACUGGCGAGCUCAUUGCUGCUUAGUGAAACUUUGCAUCUUGGAAGUGUGUUGGGUGGAUUUGUGAUUAUAAUCGGAUUGUACGUUGUGCUGUGGGGAAAGUCAAGAGAUUUGAAGGAUGUCAGCUCUGCAGUUCCUCAGCAAGUCUUACCUAAAACUCAUUCAGAUAUUGUCCAAUAAUGUAUUUCGGGUAUAUCACGUCGGAUUAUGUAUUAACGAUUCAUAGUCUGACACUUCAUUUCUAUUUUUCAUUCAUUGGAUAAGGCUUUGAUAAGAAAUUUAAAAAAUAAAACUAAAAAAAAAGAGAAUGUAAAUAUGAUCACCCGUGAAAAGGGGUUACUCAAUUCACGAAUAGUCCAUGUAUGAAAAAUAAGGAUAAAUGUCAGAUUCUGAAUAGAAGAUAUAUAAACUAACGUGAUAUCAUUGGAAUACCUAACUGUUUUCAGUAUCUCGUGAUACAUGCAAGAAUAACCAGCAACCAUGCUCUGGAUCACCAAAUUUGCUCCCCCAGCAAAUCUGCUUAUGAUCAUCAGAUUGGUGAGGGAAAAGAGUAAAUAGGAUUAAUAGGAACAGACUUGUUCUUAGCAGUUUGUUCACAAAUAUAUCAAGUCAAAGAUAUAGUUUCAAUUUCCUAUGGUAAAGGAAAAUAUGUAUAACGAAGCAUAGUGUUGUAAAUUUGUAUCAAGUCCUGUUUCAAUGUUAUAAAUAAUACAUAGUAAUUGUCAAUUUCUUGUGA